CUGCAGGCGGCAAGGACAGUCGCGCUCCGUCCGCCGCGCCACGGGUCUGGCUGGGGCCCGCAGUGGCCGGCGGAAGUGGAGGCGCUCGCGUGCGGGCCCCGGACUCCGGGGUGCAAGUCACCGGCUGGGGCGGCCGGAGUGCGGGCCGGGCUCUGCGUCGGCGGCGCGGCCCACGAUCUAGCGGAGCCGACGCGUCAGGUGGAGCCUUUGGAGGAACCAGCGCCCCAAGCCCGGGUGGGGAAGCCGAGGUCCGCAGAGGGAGCGAGAGCGCCAGCGAGCUUGCCAGAGGCCACGGCGUGAGCGGGACCAAAGCCCCGAAGCUCCUGCCUGGGGAUCUCGCUCUGACCUCGGGAGGACGCAGGGGGGUCCCGCGCUCCCUAUGGCCCGGGCUGGGCCUAGCGCUUUCACAGCCCUCCCCUCGUGUCCCGAGCGGCGCGUACUGCGUCUUGUUCCCCGCACCAAUCCCCGCCCCGCCUAUAGCUGAGGAGGACCACCACCCCCGCCCCCACCACCAGGCUGUGAAGGACUCGGGAGGAGAGUGCCUUGCCCAAGGUUGGCGCCGAGCAGGUGUUCCCCCACCCCGGAGACCCAGACUCUGAGCCUGACACCGCUGAGAGAGGUGGGCCGAUUCACCAAGACCCACUUGGUCUCUGCAGGUGCCCAGGCUCAGAUGCCACCCCCAGCGAUGCACUGCCCGAGACUGGCCCUGGGCCUGGGAUUCUGCCUGCUGCUGGGCAUUGCCCUCUGCUCUCUGUGGGUGUAUGUCGAGAACUGGCUGCUGGUCUCCUACAUCCCUUAUUAUCUCCCCUGCCCAGAGAUCUUCAACAUGAAGCUUCAGUACAAGGAGGAGCCGUCCCAGCCUGUGGCACAGUCACAGUACCCUCAGCCCAAGCUGCUGGAGCAAAAGCCCACAGAGCUACUGACACUCACACCCUGGCUGGCACCCAUCGUCUCCGAGGGAACCUUUAACGCCGAGCUUCUGCAUCACAUCUACCAGCCACUGAACCUGACCAUCGGGCUUACGGCGUUUGCCGUGGGAAACAGGUACACCCACUUCGUCCAGCACUUCCUGGAGUCGGCCGAGCGGUUCUUCAUGCAGGGCUACCGCGUGCACUACUACAUUUUCACUCACGACCCCCAGGCCAUUCCUCGGGUCCCACUGGGCCCCGGCCGCCACCUCAGCGUCAUCCCAGUCCCUGGGCCCUCCCAGUGGGAGGAGGCCUCCAUGCGCCGGAUGGAGGCCAUCAGCGUGCACAUUGCCACGAGGGCGCACCGGGAGGUGGACUACCUCUUCUGCCUGGAUGUGGACAUGGCAUUCCGGAACCCGUGGGGCCCCGAGACCUUGGGGGACCUUGUGGCUGCCAUCCACCCGGGCUACUUCACCGUCCCCCGCCACCAGUUCCCCUACGAACGCCGGCCUGUCUCCACCGCCUUCGUGGCAGACGGCGAGGGGGACUUCUACUAUGGCGGGGCAGUCUUCGGAGGGCGGGUGGCCAGGGUGUACGAGUUCACCAGGGGCUGCCACAUGGGCAUCCUGGCAGACAAGGCCAACGGCAUCAUGGCAGCCUGGCAGGAGGAGAGCCACCUGAACCGCCGCUUCCUCUCGCACAAGCCCUCCAAGGUGCUGUCCCCUGAGUACCUCUGGGAUGACAGGAAGCCCCAGCCCCCCAGCCUGAAGCUGAUCCGCUUCUCCACCCUGAACAAGGACACUGCCUGGCUGCGGAGCUGACAGCAGAGGCGGGGCUGCCGUGGACGGGGGAACCCCAGCGAGCACCCAGCUCACCAGAGCCUCCGGGCACCAGGGCCUCACUCCUCAAGCCUUAGGUGGGACCAGCCCUGUGCCUUCUAACCUCCGCCUCUGCUGGUGGAAUCCAGCGGGAAGACGGGCCUGGAAAGGCCUCUGUCCACUGUGAAGAGUGGUGUCCACGUGGAGGAGAAUGCAAAGAUCACACUGUCCGAGGCCCAAGAAGGGGAGGCCAGAGGUGGAAGAAGAUGGGGCCUCUGCCAGCCUACGAGCCUUCAGGGCAGCCCCACCGAGCGCCCCAAAUCCCCUCUCUGCCACCGGCCCAUUCGUUGCCUGCUGCCCUUGAAGCUGCGCUUUCUAACACUCAUAGGAAAGGCAUCCCCACCCCCCUUUUCUCUGGCUGCAGGGGCCCCUGCUGUGUCCCCGCCAGUUCUUCACUCAGGACCCAGAGGAAGCCUUCUAGGCCCUCUGGUUUCCUGUCCUUGCCUCACUCAAGAUGGACGGUCCCCGGCACCAAGCACCUCUUCUGUAAGAGGGUUUGGGCAGCGUUUAAUAAAAGUAGCGUGUGCUAGGCCCUAA